AUGGAAUAUGGCUGUCCUUCAAAAGAUGUGAAAUGGAUGCGCAAUUUGGAACCCUCACGAGAAAUUGUUCUCAGUGAGAUGACACCGUUGGCAUUUUGCGACCGUAUUAAAAACACUACAUGUCUGAGGGCAGCAACAGCUCAGAUUGUGGGCACCAAACCCCUGGCCUCCUGCGUCAAUUGCGAAAAGAAUCCCUACCCAUUCACUGAAUGUGUAAUGCUUCCAACCCUGUCCAGUGGUUGUUGCGCAAACUGCAUAUGGAAACAUCUUACCAAGAAGUGCAGCAUCAUCAAUGGUGUGGUUCCUUGCUGGUACAAGAAGCGCCCGAAAGUCAUUCCCCGCAAGGUGGUUCUCCAAGGAAAGGUGACCAAGCUGAAGCGAGAAGUAAGGUAUUUUGAUGAUGCCUUCAAAGAAAUCCGGACUGCUAUGCUCGAUUUUCUCAAUGGAAGCCCCAAUAGAGCACACCAAUUUAAAAUAAAUGGUGGGUUGAUGUCUCUGAAAUCCCAUGUUGAUGGAGUGUUGGAAGCCAUGAAGCGUGUUACUUUGAAGGAAGACGAGGAGGAAGAUCACGAGGCAGAAGAAGAGGUAGAAGCGGAGCUAGAGGAAGAGAAAGACGCAGAGGUAGAGGCAGAGGAGACAGAGGCAGAGGAGACAGAGGAGGUGGGAAUGGAAAUGGAGGAGGAAGACGACAAGGAAGACGAUUGA